AUGUCGUCCGACACGCAGAGAAGCCAAGGGGUGCCCAAUCCCCACCACCCUGCCCCCGACGCCGGCCAAUUCGAUCGCGUGCCGCUGCUCGAGUCCGGCAUCCCGGGCAGCUCGCCCUCGGGUCCACCCUUUGGCGAUUCGGCGCGGUCCAUCGACGUCGGGGGGCCGGACGGCGGCAACGAGGGGCAGCCGGUCCGGGAGGCUUUCACGGUGGACGAUGCGGUGAACGCGGCGGGCGUGGGAUGGUUCCAGGUGCUCAUGCUGGCGGCUGUGGGCCUGGCGGCGGCGGGCAAGGGCGCGGCGGUGUCCACGGGGGCGUUCGUCUUCCCGGCGGUGAAGUGUGAAUGGGACCUAACCGACCAACAGGAGACUGCAAUAGCCAUUUGCAACAGCUUUGGGAAGAUGGUUGGCUCCUUUUGUUGGGGAGCUUUUGCAGACGUGGCAGGCCGCAAAGUGUCGUUGGUUGUUGCAACCCUGGGAGGCAUACUUACCAGCACAAUUGCAGCAAAUUCCCCCAAUGGAGAGUGGUUGGCAUUCUUCUAUUUCUUCGUUGGCUUCGUGCUGGCAGGCCAAUUUUCUGACUUGACGUAUCUGCUGGAGUUCGUCCCAACUGCAAGGCGCGGCCAAUGGGGCAUUGGAUUUGGCUUUUUCUGGAGUCUGGGCAUAAUGUUCAAUGCAGCUGCUGCCUGGGGCAUCAUGCCCACCGGAGGCUGGCAGGCAGUGAUGAUGUUUGCUAACAUACCCUAUGUGCUGGCACUCAUUCUGCUGCCAUUUGUUCCUGAAUCACCACACUACCUUGUAGCCGCUGGGUAUCCAGACAGAGCACGGCGUGCCCUGGCCAAAGCUGCAAGAAUCAACAAGGCACAACUGCCAAAUGGGGAGCUCCUAGCAGUGGCAGGAAUGCGACAAGGUCAGAAGAGAUUGCCAUCACGAACCAAGGCUGCUAUCAAAGACAUCGAAGCAUUCUUCCAAGAGGCCAAGAGGGUGAUGGGCAAGUCAAUGAGGAAAGUGACUGUGUUGGUGAUGGUGGCAUGGAUUGCUUCUCACACAGUCUACCACAUCAUCAACCUCCUCAAUACAGAGAUCCAUGCAACACAUCGCUGCCAAGACCGAGUUUUAAACCUUUCUGACUCUGCUUUUCGUGAUGUCCUUAUUGUGUCAUCUGCUGACACCAUUGGAAACAUCUUCCCAUUCUUUGUCAUUGAGUGGUGGGGCAGGAAACGGUCCAUGUUGGCGCUGGCUAGCGGGGUGAUGUUGACACUCCUGCCUCAGAUGAUAGUGCCCAACGGGCUGGAUCCCACAUGGACACUGGUGGUGUCUAGAUCGCUGCUGCAUGCGGCAAAUAUGGUCCUGGCAAUCUACACACCGGAAGUGUACCCCACGAACCUCCGAGCAUUUGCAACAGGUCUUGGCCACACCCUGUCUGCGUUCGCUUCAAUGUUAGCACCUUUCGCUGCACAGGGCCUUUAUCACAGUUUUGGCAUCCGGGCUCCAGCGGCCAUCGCAGUGGUUGUGGCCAAGAUCUACAUGUACUCGGCGUGGAGGCUUCCAGCUGACACCACCGGCAAGGCCCUGAAGGAUGUGGUGGACGAAGGCGAGGCGCCUCCGAGGACGGACAAGCGAGGCACAUUGGAAAUGCAGCCGUACAGCCCUGUCAAGGGGGGCCCGGGCGAGGAGGAUGGCGAUUCGUAG